CUAAUUUGGAGGCUCAUCUGUUGCACUAUAUGGCCAAUUCAUGAUUACGUGAUCCUGAAAUCUGCAAGAAAUUGACCGAGUGGAUGAAUUACGCAAAAACAAUGGCUCUACGAGUUUGUCGUCAAAGCUAUGCUCUCAGGAACGUGGCCAAGUCUCUGCUGUCCUCUCCGGCAGCGAGAUGCCAGUCCACCCUGUCGGCUCCGGACCUCUCUCUCCCCGUCACUCAUCUGAAUGAGGAGGAGAGCAUGAUGAAGGAGGCUGCGGCAAAGUUUGCCAAGGAGAGGAUAGCUCCCUACGUUCAAGAGAUGGAUGCCAAGGGAGAAACUCAUCCAGAUGUGCUCCAAGGAAUGUUUGAAAAUGGGUUCAUGGGUAUCGAGGUCGAGCCAGAGUACGGCGGUCCAGGCUCUUCGUUUGCCGUUGCUAACAUGGUGAUAGAGGAACUGUCUAAGGUGGAUCCAGCCAUCAGCGUCUGCUGCGACAUCCACAAUACUCUCAUCAUCACGGCUCUUAGGAACUACGGCACCAAGGCACAGAAAGACAAGUACCUCCCCAUGGCUGUUACAGACAGUGUCGGCAGCUUCUGUCUAUCAGAGCCGUCAUCAGGGAGUGAUGCCUUCGCCAUGAAAACCAAAGCCACGCGUGAUGGAGAUGAUUACGUCAUCAGCGGACAGAAGUGCUGGAUAUCUAGCGCCACCUUUGCCAAGAUCUUCCUCGUAUUUGCAAAUGCUGAUUUUACAAAGGGUUACAGAGGUAUUACAGCGUUCCUGGUAGAUCGCGAUACUAAAGGUCUAGUUAUUGGUAAACCUGAAAACAAACUUGGGAUCAGAGCAUCGCCAACCUGUCCUGUGUACUUUGAAGAUGUCAGGGUACCAGCAAGUAACGUCCUGGGUGAGGUAGGAAAAGGAUACAAGAUCUCCAUGGAACUACUCAAUGAAGGAAGGAUAGGCAUAGGGGCACAGAUGAUUGGUCUAGCCCAAGGUUGCAUGGACGCUACAGUGCCUUACAUCAUGGAGAGAGAACAGUUUGGACAAAAACUUUGGGACUUUCAAAGCAUGCAGCACCAGGUAGCCCACGUGGCCACGCAGAUAGAAGCAGCCCGGACCAUGGUCUACAAUGCCAUCCGUCUGCGGGAGGCCGGCCAGCCCUUCAUCAAGGAGGCCGCCAUGUGCAAGCUCCUGUCGGCUGAGGUGGCGUCCCUCACCACCUCUAAGUGCUUGGAGUGGAUGGGCGGGGUCGGCUUCACCAAGGAUUACCCCGUGGAGAAGUUCUACAGGGAUUGUAAGAUAGGUGCAAUUUACGAAGGCACCAACAAUAUUCAGCUGAACACCAUCGCCAAGCUGAUCAAAGAGGAAUACUUAAGACAGUGAGGAACGACGCAAGCAGCUGAGGAGAAUCAUGAAGAACAGUUUAGGUGUGCCAUGACUGUGAA